UGAAAAACACAAAAGAAUGAAAAGGAGGAAGUAAAUUAUCAGUAAAGGAUAGACAGACGACAUAAAAAUAUAUUGUGCUCGAGAUAAAGACCACCAUGGAGGAAAUGAGGAGAAAAAACAAUUUAGUCAAAAGAAGCUUUUUAUAAGUGAUUUAAAUGCUAACAGACCAGAUCUAGAUCAUAUCUGCAUGUGCAGACUUGGAGGAAGUAAAAAUUGAAGUAACAAUCUUGUUGCACUGGAAUAAUGAUGAUGGGACAUUUUGUUCAUAUGAUGGGAUUUUCUCUGAUUCUGAGUCCAAAUAUGUAUUUUACUGCUUUUGGCUUUUUCUUUGAUAGUCCUGCUGGGGAAAUUACUCCAAUAAAUCCUAGGGUAUUGGUGAAUCAGAAUUUGGAGAUGAACUGUACUGUGUUUGAAGAUUCAGGUCUGAAUGCUUCCUUUCUGGACUGGGUUAUUUAUAAUGGUACAAGCGCAUCUCCAGAUACAGUAUUUAUUAAUGAAGAAAGAACAUUGACAUUCCGAAAAAAAAUCGCAAGUAUUGAGGAAGAAGGGAGUUACUUGUGCAGGAGAACUGACAAGUCUGAACCCAGUAUUGUGAAGACAGUUUAUUUGACUAUUGAGUAUGAAGCUGUGAGGAAUGUAACAAACUUUACUUGUAUAUUGAAUGAAGAGAAAAAAGAGUUUCACUGUAGAUGGGAACUUGGACUAUACAACCACCCUGCUUAUCUCAAUAUCUCAAUUAUAAUGUCUCCUGACAAUGGUUCAAGUGUUCUACCUUGUCCAGAGAAAUUUACCGGUAAAUACCAGCAGAACUGUUCAUGGGCAGAAAAAGAUGGUUUUACUAAUGCUGCCAUCUUCUCGAUGUCCAAGAUUGUCAUCCUUAAUGUAACAAACAUGGAAUUUAAUGUAGUGAAAUCUUUCCGGAUGGAAUAUAUAACAGAGGAUAUAAAGAAACCUUUGCCUACAGAAUACAUUAAUGCUUCAUCCCUGGGUUCUUGUGGAUGUGCCAAUGUGUCAUGGGAGACAAUUCCAGGAGAGGUCAAGACAUCUUCUGAAGUCAGCCUGAUGUCACAAUGGAACAGUACCCCUCUGAUUCAUAAUGUUGAUGUCAACAAGAGCCUUAUUGUGUGUAAUCUGAUUCCUGCAACAACAUACACAGUUGAAGUGAAGAUUAAACCUUUAAGAGGAUUAUACUAUAGUGAUCCCAAACAGAACAACUUCGAUACAUGUGAAACAGUCCCCUCUCUUGCUCCAUCCAUGCAGCCCAGUGGUUAUUCCUCAGAGAUUUGUAACUCGGGAAAUCGAUCCAUUACUGUUUACUGGGAGAAGAUUCCCAGGAAAUUUCAGAAUGGACCUUUGAAGGAAUAUAGGGUGUCAUUAGGUGAUGAGAAUUGGAAGAUAGUGGCCCCAAAUGCAACAUUAGGUACUAUUGAUAUCCCUUGUGGUGGCCAUAACGUAUCUGUUCAAGGAUGUAACCGGCGGGGAUGUUCACCAGAUUCUUCUAUAUACAUACCAGCCUACAGAGAUGUCGUUUCCCCCCAAAAAGUUAUAGUAGAACAGAUGGGGCUAACAAAGGUCCAGAUAUCCUGGCUUGGGUUGGAGAGAGAGGCCAUUCUGGCUAAUGAUGUAGUGUGGUGCAAAGUGAAGCCCGCAGUACUGCAGUGUCAGGGUGAAAUACAUAUAUUGAGAAGAACAGGGAAUAUGAACCACACUGUUCUACAUGCAGACACUAUUGAUCAAGCUCUGGAUGAUGUUAUAUUUGGUGUGGCAGCCAUCAAUGAUAAGAAUGUCAGCAGUGGAAUCAAAUGGCAAGAGGAAUGCAGAUAUGUGAAAGAUGCAGUGCCUCCCCCUGUGCAGACUGUCCCCCUCCUCCCAGAUCCUCCUAAAAACAGUCUAGUAGUAUCCUGGAUCCCACUGAAAUGUGAUUCAGGGGCUUCAAAUAAUGCCUACAUCAAAAUGUACCAGAUAAUCUACUGCCAGUUAAAUACCCAUGGAUCUUGCAAAGGCGGGGAAUUUUCUGUGAAUGUUCCUGCAGACAGUACUACACAGUACACACUAAGAAACCUUGAGGCAGACACUGAAUAUGGUGUGUGGGUAAAAGCCAUAUCACUUACAAAGGAGGGACAUAAAAGUGAAAUGUUGUCUGGACGACCUACUAAUAAUGAUUUAACUGACGCAUCAAUUGCAGGCAUUGCUAUUGGGGGAAUAUUUGUUCUUGUACUAGUCAUUGCAGGAUUCGUAUGUGUUUGCAGACAAGUAAAACGUAAAUUAGGUCUGGAUGAAACAUUUGAUAUAGAAAAUAUACAAGUUAGACCCCUUGAAAAUCGGCCUACUGGAAGCAAUUUGUAUAACCUUAUUACGACACCAGCUGACAGGUCCAGGUCUAGCUCCCCCCUCAUCACCCCUAAUGGAACUACAUCAAAUGGAAAUAUAAGACAUAAUGGAAUAAAUCACAGUUAUGAAGAAAUCCUACCAGUAGGAUUGACAGUGGAUCUAGAUGAAGAAGAUGGAAGUGGGGAACAAAAGGACUCAAAACCUGACCUUAAAUCCAAUGUUGUGACAUUAGCAAUCACGGAUGUUCCGAGGCAGAUCAGUAAGGACAGUGGACAUGGAAGCCUGUCCCCCACCUCAGCACACGCGCCACCCACUUCAGAAGAGUCGGACAAAAAAGAGAAUUUUCUAAGAGAUAUUAUAUUGGACCUUCCUCCAGAUUAUGCAAAGGCAACUUCAGUUACCACCCAAUGUGUGCAUGGAUUUGAAAAUGGUUCCUUUGAUACUGGGGACGGUUUUCAUCCUGGAUCUAGAGGGACCUUCAAGGAUAGCUUAUGUUCCUCAUCACAGUCUAGUAGCAUUCCACUGGAAGAUGGAUACAAAAGCCAUGCAGAUUUCUUACAAAACAACAAUGACAAACAACAAUUUGAAGAAUCCUCUAAGAAGUGCCCAGAAGACAAUGAACUGGAGAGGAAUAGAAAAGAAGAACUAGAAAACAAAGAAGCUGAAGUUGAACAAACAUCAGGUUAUGUGUUCUACCAACCCUACGGUACAGAGAUCACCUUGGGAAACCAAACCAACUCUGUCCAACCUAAGAACUCCCUUCCCACAUGUAACAUUUCAAAGAUCGCCGCUGAACAGCAACCUUACAAUGUCCAAUUUACAGAGACCACCAUGGGAAAUCAAACCAAUAAUGUCCAACCUAGAAACACCCUUCCUACAAGUAACAUUUCAAAGACCACAACUGAACAGCAACCGUACAAUGUCCAAUUUGAGAACACUCUUCCUACCAGUACACAGACCAUCUCUACAAACCAACCCAACAGUGCUAAAAUCCAGUGUAGCAACAUUUCAACUGUUGAUCAGUUGAAUCGUGACCAAUUAACUAAAGGACCAGACAUUAUACAUGAAACAGAUAUGUGCCAAACUGCCAAUCAACUAAGUACACCAGGAUACCAUCCCAACAAAAUGUUGAAUACAGAGCAUCAGACCACCGACAUGGAUUCUCGUCCGCAGCUUUUAACAGCUGAGUCUAAACAGUUUACAGACUACCUCCCACAUGAUACAAAUUUUGCAGAACUUACUGCCUUUCAGAAUGAUAAAGAAAAUUCCUUGGUCUCAAAUUAUGUAGUUGGUAAUACAACAGAUCUUUCUGUUAUGAAUUCUGUGCUUCAUGGUAUAAACAGUAAUGUAGCGAAAGCGACAUCUGAUAGAUCAGAUUAUGUGCCCAAGGGUAUAUUGGAUUAUGUACCUAAUGAUAUGUUGGAUUAUGUGCCAAAUGGGACAUCAAAUCCAUUACCUAGUGGUAAAACUAAUCAUUUACCUGUUGGUACAUCAGAUUAUGUACCAAAAGAUAUGAAUUCUUUCCCCAGUUUUGUACCAGAUGACACAACUGAUAAUAUUUCUAUUGAUACAAAAGACUAUGUGCCAUGUAGUCCAACAGGUUAUGUGCCAAAUGGUACAACAGAUUAUGUACCAAAUGGUACAACAGACUAUGUGCCAAAGGGUGCAAGAAAUUAUGUACCAAAUGGUACCACAGACUAUGUACCAAAUGGUGCAACAAAUUAUGUGCCAAAUGGAACAACAGAUUAUGUCCUCAGUGGUACAACAGAUUAUGUACCCAAUGGUACAUAGAUUAAGUGCCAAGUGGCACAGAAGAUGAAAGAUUUACAAUGGAGAACUUGCAGUGUGUAUAAUCUGAGCAUCAAAAUUCUUCUUCAAUGAAAUGGAGUUAGGAUGAAUCUCUUAAUCAUUGAACAAUAACCAACAAUUCCAUUCUAAUACAUUCUUUUCAAAUCCGGCUCUUCUAGAGGUGAUAAGGCCAGUCACAAUUCAUUAAAAUACUGGUUAUUUAUAUAAAUAUGUUCAGAUUAUUCCACAGUGUCCUCAUCAAUGAAAAAUAAUGUGAUAGGAGAAUGGUUAUAUAGUCACCUGGGAGUGGGAGAUAUUUCUAUCUUUACUUUCGUAAAACCUAAAUUUUCUUGUGUGUGUUAUAUAUACUGGUGAACUAGAGAUCCAUCAUACUUGGUUGUUUGAAAUAUAAUGAUACAAUGCUUAAGGUUUAAAGAAAGCAUCCAAUUAAUCAUUUACUGUAAAAUUAUCGAGAAAGUAAAAUGAUCAAUGAAUCAAAUUCAAUUAUUAGAUUUCACUGACCAUGGGUAUAGUUUGUGUGUGUCUAUUUUGAACAAAAGUUUAUAUUCAAAAUGUUUUCAUAACCAUAUUUACGUGUGUAUAAAAACCUUUCCAGUCUGGUUGCUUGUAUUUUACUCUGACCAUAAUAUGAUAUAAUACAAAAUUGUGCAAUUUGCUAUAUCAAUAAAAUACGUAGCAAGAAAUAUUUGGGACAUUUAUAAUACAUAAUUUAUUAAAUCAGUGUACAUAAGUACGUUUUACUCCAAUCUAUGUAGAAUCAAAGCAAAAUAAAUCUUUAAUAGUAAAGUAUUCUUAGUGAUUCUGUAAGAUAUAAGCAAUAUCAAUGAAAUUUAAUGAUUUGUCAAGCAAAUAGAUAAUAGAAAACCUAUGCUUAUUAUCUACUGUUCAAUUCAACACAUGUGGUGUUUUGCAAGACACCAUUAGAGACCAUAUCAAACAAUAAAGGUUUAUGCAGAAAAUUAUUCAUUUUGACAACUGUCUAACCAUUUUAUAAUUUUGAAAUUUUAUUCUUUAGAAAUAAAGUAUUUUUUUUCCUUUUACCACCCUAGUCCCUUUUUUGUUGUAAAUAUUUUUAGUAAAUCCUUUGUAUAAUUUUUGUAUAUUUUUCAUGACAUAUGUUAAGUAGAUUUCCUUGUUUUUGGGUCAUAUAAUUUCCUCAGGUUAUUUACUACUUUCUGUGUUUAUUUUUGCCUGUGUGAGUGUGCAUUGUAUGUACAUCGUUUGAAAAACCUUUAAAGAUCUCUAGUUUCUCAGAAUUGAUGGAACAAAGGUAAAUAUAUAAUAUUCUAGUAAAAGGGGUGCAUAAAUUAUGAAUUAUUUGAACACUCCCCCUUAGGUUUUAAUUACAAACGUAUUUUUUAUGCUUGUCCAGUUUUUGAAGUACAGUAAAAACUGUCUAAUCUGACACCUCUGCAAUCCGUUUCAAUGUGAAUUACAAGCUUUAUUUUCAUUUCUAUUUGAUAUUUUUACAAGUGUUUUACUCUAUAAAAUCCAACACCCUGUCUAUUAUGACACGAAAUGUGUCUCCUAAUGCCUGUCGGAUUAGACAAGUGUCACUGUAUUGUCAUUAGUGUUAUACCAUAAAGUAUUACAUUGUAUUGCAUUUUGCGAUACCUACUUUUUUUUUCCUUAAGAAUUUUUUUGUACAUAUAAUAUGUAUGAGACAUUGCAAAAUGAACUGAUAAUUUGUUUUACUACGAAGCAGGUGCCUAAUUAUGUAG